AUGACUGGUCAUGUGAUCGGUCUCAACCUUCAUUUUGGUGGGCUUCAAGGCAAUAUCCUUUCCAAUAGCAGCUUAUUCUCUCUUGGCCAUCUCAAGAGGCUAAACCUCUCUGAAAAUGAUUUCAGAGGUUCCCCAAUUUCGUCCAAAUUUGGUGGGUUUGUAAGUAUGACUCACCUUGACCUCUCUUACUCCAAUUUCAAUGGCCCAAUCCCUUCCGAAAUUUCCCACCUUUCCAACUUGGUUUCACUCAAUCUCGCACAACCUGCUGUGACCCUAGAUUCUCUUAGCUUGAACAGAAUUGUUGAAAACCUAACCAAUCUUAGGGAGCUUUAUCUGACCAAAGUUGAUAUGUCAUCAGUUGUACCUGAUUCCUUCAAGAAUUUAUCUUCUUCUUUGGCAACUCUUGAACUUUCCUUGUGCAACUUGCAAGGAAAAUUCCCAGAAAGCAUUUUCCAUCGAACAAAUCUUCAACUAGUAGAUUUAAGCAAUAACUAUAACCUCACAGGUUAUUUCCCCAAGUCUAACUGGAGCAGUCCCCUCGAGGUGCUGGAUCUCUCUCUUACUAGAAUUUUAGUAGAUUGGCGUCAUCUGACAAGAAAUUUCAAGUCUUUGAGAGAUUUGUCGCUCAGGAACUGCAGUUUUGUAGGAUCAUAUCUUGCAUUUCUUGGUAACCUCACACAAAUCAUGAGGUUGGACCUCUCGUAUAACAGUUUUGGUGGCCAAAUCCCAUGGUCGUUUUUUUUAAACCUUGAGAGCCUCUUUGAGUUGGAUCUUAAGGACAACAAUUAUGUCGGUCAGUUUCCAGAAGUUGAUAGCAACUCGACAUCGAUCACUUCGUUAUAUGAUUUUUCAAAACAACAACUGGUGGGUCCUAUUCCUCAACACUUAACCAAUCUCAAUUUAGAUGGGAAUCAACUCAACGGAACAAUACCAUCUUGGUUAUGUAGUUUGCCAUCAUUGGAGGAGUUGGACCUCACAAGUAAUCAACUCAGCGGUAAUAUCAUUGAGUUCCAAUCUCGUUCUUUGGAAGGCCUUCAUUUAAGUUAUAACAAGCUGCAUGGCCUGAUUCCGAGAUCAAUCUUUGAACUUGAGAACCUUAGGGCCCUUGAUUUAUCAUCCAAUAACUUGAGUGGCACUGUGGAGUUUGAAAAGUUUUCCAAACUCCGAAGUCUCAAUCAUCUUAAUCUUUCCUUUAAUCAUCUAUCCUUGAGCUUCAACCAUUUGACUAACAACACCUGGCCUCAACUUUCGAUUCUAGAUUUGUCGUCUUGUAACAUAAGUGAGUUCCCAUACUUUCUCAGAGCCUCACAAAAUUUGGACAUGUUAUACCUUUCCCACAACCGAAUCCAAGCCGACAUUCCCAAAUGGUUGUUGGAUUUGGGGAAAGAUUCAUUGAGUUAUUUGGAUCUUUCUCACAACUCUUUGACUGGCACUGUAGGACAGCUUCGGUGGAAAGAACUCCAGUAUCUUGACCUUCGCAACAAUUCGCUCCAAGGUGAGCUUCCAAUUCCAUCACUUUCCACAUCUAACUUUUUCAUAUCAAAUAAUCAAUUCACUGGAGAGAUGCCUCCAACGAUCUGCAGCCUGAGUAGCCUUCAAAUCCUUGAUUUGUCUAAUAAUAAAUUGAGUGGCAAAAUUCAUCAAUGCAUAGGGAAUUUCAGUCAGAGCCUCUUUGUUUUGAAUCUACGGAAUAAUAAAUUUCAUGGCGUGAUUCCUGGGACAUUUUAUGAGGGAAACGUUUUGAGAAAUCUUGAUCUUAAUGGAAAUCAGUUGGAAGGGUCGUUGCCGCCAUCUUUGCUCACAUGUAGAGAGUUGGAAGUUCUAGACCUUGGAAACAACAAAAUUCAAGACACAUUCCCAAAUUGGUUGGAAUCUCUUCCGAAGUUGCAGGUUCUUAUCUUGAGGUCUAACAAGUUUUAUGGUGAAAUAGGCAUUCCGGAAACUAAGUUUCCAUUCCAAAAAUUGCGUAUCAUGGACCUCUCCUACAAUCAGUUUAGCGGUCUAUUGCCAACAAAAUAUUUUGAACAUUUGACGGCCAUGAUAAACUCGCAAGAACAUGAACUGAAAUAUAUGGGAGAGGGCUACUAUCAGGAUACUGUGGUAGUGACAAUUAAAGGCUUCGAAAUUGAAAUGGUGAAGAUUCAAACUUUCUUCACAACUAUUGAUUUCUCAAACAACACUUUUAGAGGAGAGAUUUCAAACGUAAUCGGUAAGCUUAAAUCAUUGAAAGGGCUUAACUUUUCUCAUAAUGAGCUUACAGGUACAAUUCCACCAUCAUUUGGCGAUAUGUGCAAUCUUGAAUGGUUAGAUCUGUCCUCAAACAGACUUGUUGGUCAUAUUCCUGAGCAAUUGGUAAAUUUGACAUCACUUGAAAAGUUCAACGUUUCAGAAAAUCGACUUGUGGGGCCCAUACCUCAUGGCAAGCAAUUUGAUACAUUUGAAAAUGAUUCAUAUAGUGGAAAUGUAGGAUUGUGUGGAAUUCCACUAGCAAAAACAUGUGGUCCACAUCAAUCACCGCCACCAUCAUUCCAACAAGAUGGUGAUUUGGAGCACAAGAAUGGAUUUGAUUGGAAGGUAGUGUUGGGGUAUGCAUCUGGGGUGGUAAUUGGAAUAUCUAUGGGAUAUCUUGUACUCUCUAACAGAACAACCGAUUUGCUUGUGAAAGUGGUCGGCAUAAAGUGA